AUGGAGGAGUACUCAUACCUGUACCUUGGCUUGGCUCUGUUGUCGCUGCUCGUCGUCGUGCUCGCCGGCCGCAGGCGCACGGCGAAACAUGGCGUCCAAGGACUGCGGCCACCACCAUCUCCGUGGGCGCUCCCAGUGAUCGGCCACCUGCACCACCUCGUGGGCGCUCUACCGCACCAUGCCAUGCGCGGCCUGUCCCGGCGACACGGCUCGGUCAUGCUGCUCCGGCUCGGCGAGGUGCCAACGCUAGUGAUCACCUCCCGCGAGGCGGCAAGCGAGGUGAUGAAGACCCACGAUACGGUGUUCGCCUCUCGCCGGUUGAGACCCACCACAAGCGUGCUAACCAACGGCGGGCGGGAAAUCAUUUUUGCGCCGUACGGGGAGUACUGGCGGCAGCUCCGCAAAAUCGCCGUCACGGAGCUCCUCACUGCGCGGCGCAUACGAUCUUUCCGGUGGAUCCGUGAGGAGGAGGUCGCUGCCACUCUACACGAUGUCGCCGAGGCGGCGGUGAAGGCGCGCCCGAUGGAGAUGCGCGCGCGGCUGUCCACGCUGGUGGCCGAGACCAUGGUGCGUGCGGUGAUGGGUGUCCGGUGCAAGGACAUAGACGUGUUCCUCACUAGUCUGGAGCGCGCCGUGGAGCUGGCGGGGGGGUUCAACUUGGCCGACCUGUGGCCUUCGUCGCGUCUCGCCUGCGCGCUCACCAGCGCCGGGAAAGAGGCCAAGGAAUGCAGAGACGCCGUCUUCGGGAUCCUAGACGGCAUCAUCCAAAAGCACCUGGAGAGGACGGGUGACGGCCAUACCGAGGAUCUGCUGGAUGUGCUGCUGAAAAUUCAGAAGGAGGGGGAUCUCAAGUUCCCGCUGGACAUGGAUGAUAUCAAAUCCUUCGUCUUCGGGCUCUUCGCCGCCGGCAGCGAGUCGGUUUUCACCACGCUGGAGUGGGUGUUCGCGGAGCUGACCAAGAACCCAAGGGUGAUGCAGCGGACGACGGCUGAGGUGCGGCAAGCCUUCGAGGCCAGCGGAACGGCGGUCGAGGGAAGGCUCGGCGAGCUCCCGUACAUGCACCUCGUCAUCCGGGAGACGCUGCGGCUGCACCCAGCGGUGCCGCUGCUGAUUCCACGAGAGAGCCGGGAGAUGUGCCAGGUGCUAGGGUACGACGUGCCACAGGGCACACAGGUUCUGGUCAACGUCUGGGCGAUGGGCCGCGACGAGCGAUAUUGGGACGCGCCCGAGGAGUUCCGGCCGGAGAGGUUCGAGUGCGAGGCGGCGAGGGACUUCAAGGGCCUCGACUUCGAGCUCCUGCCUUUUGGCGCCGGGCGGAGGAUGUGCCCUGGCAUGAACUUCGGCGUCGCCGUCCUGGAGCUCGCCCUAGCCAGUCUGCUGCUCCACUUCGACUGGGAGUGGGAGGAGCCCGGACUGUCCGAUCCCACGCAGUUGGACAUGACCGAGACGUUCGGGCUCACUGCCCGGCGGAAGGCCAACCUCCUGCUACGCCCAGUCCUCCGCGUGCCCGUGCCGGUUCCCGUUCCCGGCAUGCCUUGUCCAGGGGCCGAGCUGCCUUAA